AUGCCAUUACUAAAUGGACUUUCACCACUUCAUCAGGCAAUCGUCAAUGAAGAUGUCGAAAUGGUGUACUUCUUGUGUAAAAAAGGAGCCGAUGUGCACCAACGCUGCUACGGAUCGUUCUUUUGUGCUGAUGAUCAGAAGGCUUCCCGCACGGACUCUCUGGAACAUGAAUGGGUGGACCUCGUGCAGAACACUCGUUAUACAGGACAGAUGUACUGGGGAGAGCUUCCGCUGUCGUUCGCCGCCUGUACUAACAAUCAGGAGAUGUUCACCUUGGCUUACAACAGCGGCGCUUCUCUUAGCAUAGAAACGCUAAUCUCAAGUGAGCGCACUUGCUUGGCUGCGAGGCUUGCAAUAAACGGGUAUGAGGAGGAAGCGGAUAAUUUGUUCACGAACAUAUCCUACCUCGAUGACGUCAUCAUCACGGUGCAGCAGCUGGCGUAUUUCGAAAGCGGACGUAAUGAGCCACUACAGCCGCAGUGCCAUUUAUGGAAUUACCGUGGCAGAAAACAAAUG